UCCCUGUUUUGUUUGUCUCCGGCUAAUUUGUGCCUUUGAGAUUUCACCACCAUCAGACUUCUUCUUUAGGCGUUCCAUUCCAUGCCUGUUUAGACUGUAUGAGAAUGUGCUCAUGGACCAGGACCAGUGCAGGAGUACGACAUUAGUUUGCUGAAAGCCAGUGAAACUUCAUCCUGUCUGGGACUUCUCCUCUUUCCCUCCUGGCUGGCCUGGCCUCUCAGGCCUGGAUGAAUUAUUAAACAGACUCCACAGCCAAGCUCAGGCUCAGUGCUGCUGGGAGCUCUAUAGGCCUCUUUAAACCCUUGCUGAUUGAAGGGAUCGGAGUCACGGGGUCAUAGGUCAAACGACACUGCAAAGAGAAAAGAGGUAGAAGCAGUUUCUGCCGUUUAACUGCAGAUCAAAGCAAAACCUCUGCAACUCUCUGGCUCCCUUGACUCUCCUCUUCUCCAGACAGAAGUCAAACAACCACAAUUCUGUUUAUUCUUUACUGGACAUUAUUAUUAUAUUGAACCCAUUAAUACUUGAUCUACAGACUGAUUACCAUAUAAUGGCCGACUCCUAUAUUAAAAAAAUAAAAAAGGGAAUAGCACUUCAACAUAAAAUUAGACACUAAUGGCUUGGUGGGAUGAAUUCAGCAGGGCCAAAUAACAGAGGAGGGAAUACGGUGUCCCUAAAGCAUAGCAGGUAAUUGGAGAAAAGCACAGCUUCUCUGUCGAGCCGACCGACAGACUGACCUUCAGGCGAAAACUCGGAACCAAAAAGGCAUGAACUGACUGAUUUUUCAAGGCUUACGGUUAUCUCUGGGAUUUCAUUAUCACAGAGAACAUUUGCAUAACUGAAAUAUGCUGCACUGCACUCAACUACCAUCAACAUUGUUGGAUGCAGACGUUUGGGAGAAGCCAUUGUCUGCACCUGUCUGCUAGACUAUACGGAAGAGAGACUACAGUAGAGCGCAGGGAGAGAAAACAGAGGAGCAGAUGAUAAAGGUAUCUAUCAGGCUCCAUCCUGGUCCCAUAGCUCUGAGGGUUCAGUGACGGGCUGUCCUCUCAGGCUGCAGUGGAUUACAUGAGGGAACCUGUGAUCCACAAAUAAUACCUGUAAUCCAGUGAGAAGGAACUGUGAUCCGGAGAGAGGCCCAGUGAUCGAUCCACCAAGGGCUGCUGUGAUUCACUGAGGACUGAGAGCUUCAGAGAGAAGGAACUAUGACCCGGCACUGAGCGUACCAGUGGUCCAGGUUGUGUUCUGCCGUGCCGAGCGUGGCCGUCAGGCUGGGAGAAUCAGGAUGCCAGAGCUGGAGGACUUCCCCCCGAUGCGGGAUGACCAGCCGGCUGGUCCUGACCCGGACCAGAUCCAGCGCAGCAUACUGGACGAGCAGGUCGAGCUGUGGUGGUUCCGCGACCCGGCCAAGUCUCUGCUGUGCUACGCCGUCGCCGUCCUACUCAUCCUGGGCUGCGGCCUGGGAGGCAUACUCCUCCUCUCCACCACGACCAGCUUCUCUAGUGACUGGCGCAUGGGAGCGGGCAUGGCUCUGUGUCUCUUAGCCCUGGCCGUCCUCCUCAAACAGCUUCUGAGCUCCGCCGUGCAGGACAUGAACUGCGUCCGCAGCCGGAGGCGGAUCGAUAUCCUGAAGAGCGGAGGGCUGUCGGAUCUGCUAGUGGUUCUCAUCACAGGGCUGUGUCUGGUGGUCUGUGGGGCCGUACUGCUGAAGCUGGCACUAGGACACCACAUGCCCAAGCCCGGUGUAGCCCUUAAUGAUAUGUACAUCUCUGGGGUGGUGUUGUUAGCUGGAGGGGGGUCAGCGGUGGUGGGGGUGGGAGUGUACACGGGGGUGGUGUUCCUGUUGGAGAGGACGUGGCCAGGACAGAGGUUCAGGGAUAGGGCCAUGGGGGUGUUCACUAUCUCUGGACGACACAUGGACCAGGGUAGGAGGGAGACCACCUCUAGCUUGGCUAACCUCAUCUGACCUGACCACCAGAGACAUGGCAUGGGAUAGGUAGCCCGAAACAGCAGAUGACCGCAACACUCAUAUGGCCCAGAUCUUAUCCAUAUAUGGGCACUGGGGAGGGUUGGAAUUUAUUGGUCCACUCUGGCUUGAGAUAGGUGGGCUUAGUUGCUGGGCCCCAUUUGGUGUGAACGUGGGCCACAUCCACCUUGCUGUCUGGGAGGGACCAAUGGACAUCACAUAUGAAGAUGGAAUUUGAGCAAAGUGGCUGCCUUUGGAGCAACUAAGUAUCAAUUCAAUUUUGCAGGUCCAUGAAUUGCAAUAUGGGAUAGAGAGCUGUGUCUACACAACAUGUGCUAUUUUAAUGAUUCAAGCAUUGGCCAUCCUUGGAUAAUUACUUAUGAGAUGGAACCCCAGCAGAGCACUACUCUCUAUAAUGUGAAAUAAACAGAAUGACAGUGACACAGACACUGGUCCCGGACACAGAACAAAGAUUAAGAUUCAUAAUGUGUCUAAUCUAAUAGUAUCAUCCACUACAAAGCAGUUGGUGAAAAAGCUGCUGUAUGGAAUAAUCAUAUCAUAGAAUAAUGUAAACAGGUUACUCUAUGAAGUGAUUUCCUGAUAAAUGUCACAUUUUGUCACCUUUUUAUGUCACAGGUUUACAGCUGUGAUGGGUAGUCAAAGACCUUGCAACUCUACGAAGAAUCUGAAGAGAAUGCCAUUGUCGCCUGGUUGAAUGGUACAAUAUGGUUUAAUUGAACAAAGCAUCUGUGUGUUUGCGUGUGUGUCUGGCCCUCGCAACUCCUUAUCAGGCAGUACAUGUGAGCUGCCUGUCGCUCAGAGACAAUAGGGGUCACUGAGGCGGCCAUUGUUGUUGUACCGACGGCCGGCCAGGCCAAUGGACAAUGGGCAGGCUGUGGAUCGUAAGGGGUUGGCGUCGCCCAGUACGGCUUUCCCUUACCCCACCCUCUAACACACACACACACACACAGCAGCGGCGGCAGCGACUGUGGCUGUAAUCCCUCAUUGACAAGGGACUGUUCUCUGACCUGAAGUCUCUCUCUGUCUCUGCUGUGCAAUGCUAUGCAGAACAUGCUCUUUAGGUGGUGGUGCCAAGUAGGUUUGUGCAUUCAUGACAGAGAGUGUGAGAGAUGACCACCAUGAAACAGUGAUGGGAGAGGAAGCGAGAAAGAGAAAACAGUACAAUAUAGUGACACGAGAGAAACCGGACGAGAAAGAGAGACCGAGCUAAACCCUCAGGUGCAGUCCACCUUUUAGGCCAUAGGGGGUUCAUACUCACAAACGUGUACUUAAACUGGCAGUUUAGACCUUAGGUUUAAAAUGUCUAUCUGCUAGCUUUUCUCAUAGGCAAACCUGGCACAAUUGGCCAUCUGGCUACCAUGAGUCAUUUGUAUAGUGAACAAAAAUAUAAAACGCAACAUGUAAAGUGAAAUAAAAAUAAAAGAUGACCCCAAGUUUUCCAUACACAUAGAAAGCUUAUUUCUCUCAAAGUUUGUGCACAAAUUUGUUUACAUCCCUGUUAGUGACCAUUUCUCCAGGUGAGGCAUAUCAAGAAGCUGUUAAUUUAGCAUGAUAAUUACACAGGUGCACUUUUUGCUGGGGACAACAAAAGGCAACUCUAAAAUGUGCAGUUUUGUCACACAACACAAUGCCACGGAUGUCUCAAGUUUUGAGGGAGUGUGCAAUUGCCAUGCUGACUGUAGGAAUGUCCACCAGAGAAGUUGCCAGAUCAUUUAAUGUUCAUUUCUCUACCAUAAGCUGCCUUUAAUGUCGUUUUAGAGAAUAUGGCAGUAAGCCUAACUGGCCUUACAACCGCAGACCGUGUGUAACCACGCCAGCCCAGGACCUCCACAUCCAGCUUCUUCACCUGCGCGAUUGUCUGAGACCAGCCACCCGGGACAGCUGAUGGGUUUGCACAACCAAAUAAUUUCUGCACAAACUGUCAGAAAACGUCUCAGGGAAGCUCAUCUGCAUGCUCGUUGUCCUCACCAGGGUCUUGACCAAAUUGCAGUUCAGCGUCGUAACCGACGUCAGUGGACAAAUGUUCACCUUCGAUGGCUACUGGCACGCUGGAGAAGUGUGCUCUUCACGGAUGAAUCCCAGUUUCAACUGUACUGGACAGAUGUCAUACAGCGUGUACGGCGUCGUGUGGGCGAUUGGUUUGCCGAUGUCAGGAUUUUUUUCUCUCCCGGUGCUAAGGGGGGGGGGGGGCUUGACCAAUACGUGGGGGUGCUAAGAACAUUUUCAGGACUAUUUACAAGUGCAUUUAUUCCUGACAAUUGUGCAUUGGUAAUAAUGUUUCGGAUGAAAUGGCUAUCACAAGGUCAGAAAUGAAAUGACGAAUAUCAAAAGUGCAGCCACAACGAGAAGUGCAAUGCAUUUUGCCGAUGCCUGUUAACUGUGCACACACUUGUAAAACGAACUGCCUAUCAGCACAAUCUUAGUGAUUAUAUUUCUAUUGCAAACAAAAAUAACUUGUAGGCCGAUGACAUACAUGCGUCCGGCUGUGCAUUGGUUAUAAUGUUACCAAUUAAAUGAAAGGAAGAAUAUACACACUGCAGCCACAAUGAGAAGUGUGUUGACCCUAUGCCUGUCAACUUUGCCCACAUGGUGUAAAACGAGCUGGUUGUCAUCACAAUCUUAGCUAUUUCUAUUGCAAACAUACUUGUAGGCCGACUGGCCGACAAUAUGCAUGCAUCUUCUUGUUCCAUCCAGAUCCAGAUCAGCGCGGUUCCCACCACCGGACAGGCGCGCUCUGUCAAUGAAUAAAAGGUCUUUCAGUUACUCCCCAAGUGUUUGUUCUAUAGAAGGACGAUACGACGAUACGUUGUUGAGUCUAUAAUCUUCUGCACAUCCAGGGCCUUGGUUCUUUCUGCGUGUAUGGACAGGCAGGCAAGCUUGCUGAGUCAAGGGUUUGCCCAGUAUUUCAUUCUGUAUAUCAUGAUGCGUGUACUUAGCAUUUCUAGGAUUAUCUGAGAUUUUCUUUGUUGAAUUUGCCUCUGACCUGUGAAAGAUCAAAGAAGUUUCCCUCUCUGUGAAAGUCCCUGGUAUGCAGUAAAACGCAAUGACUCCACAACUGCUCUCAUAUAUUCUCUGUUCUCUGACUAUUUUCGAACGGCCAUCACUUAGAGCAUGGCAUAUUGUUGAGCCAGACUCUUUCUGAAUAGUCCACUCAUUCCCAUGCUGUCAUUCCAUAUUUAUGCUCCAAACUAGCAUUGUGUGUCUUGAACAAACUUGUGGCCUUCUUCCAGUUCUGGUAGCCAUCGUGGGUAAAUGCUGUCUUCUCUCCACCAUAGUUUCCUGGAUGUUUAAAAUGGCGGCAUGCAAAGCAGAAAGAGAAUAUUCCAGCCAUUUGUAAUCCUCACACCAUCUACGAUUUGAAGUAGCGAUCCUGCUGUCCAACUUUUGUGGCUGGAUAAUGCCGAAGAAGAGGGCACCUUGGUUCUUCAACAGGUGGAGGGAGCGGUGGCUGUGCUAACAGUGCAGCUAACGGUGGCAUUGGAGCAGCUAGCAGUGACAAACUGCUCUGGUGCUCCCUCACGUCGUGGCUCACAAUUUUUUUCUCUUUUCUUAUCCCCCUCUUCUUCAGCCCCCUCAGACAGGGUCUGGAUUUUCAUUUUCUAUCCGCACUCUUCUCUUGAUCAGAAAACAGUCCAUCGCAACAGGGCGAGAUGGGUGACUAGCUAGCUAGCUAGAAGUUAGCACACACCAGACACACGUCAUAGGGGACACGAGCACACACCCAGGGAUCGGAUUGGAACAGAAUCUCUGGUUAUUAACUUUGACAUAUUUCUUUAUUUAAAAAAAUGUAAUAAAUACUAAUGCUUUUGAGGGAGCUUAACUGGGACUAUGCAGAUUUGUGAUGUAGCUAUAACCUCCCCUAGCCCCGGUGUAGCUCCGUGCUUGGUCAACAUCGUGAACGGAGUUUCUCUUGGUGGGGUUAUGGUAUGGGCAAACAUAAACUACGGACAAUGAAUACAAUUGCAUUUUAUCGAUGGCAAUUUGAGUGCACAGAGAUACCGCGACGAGAUCCUGAGGUUCAUUGUCGUGCCAUUCAUAUGCCGCCAUCACCUCAUAUUUCAGCAUUAUAAUGCACUGCCCCAUGUUGCAAGGAUCUGUACACAAUUCCUGGAAGCUGAAAAUGUCCCAGUUUUUCCAUGGCCUGCAUACUCACCAGAUAAGUGAGCAUGUUUGGGAUGCUCUGGAUCGAUCUAUACGACAGAGUGUUCUCACCAAUAUCCAGCAAAUUCACACAGCCAUUGAAGAGGAGUGGGACGACAUUCCACAGGCCACAAUCAACAGCCUGAUCAACUCUAUGCGAAGGAGAUGUGUUGUGCUGCAUGAGGCAAAUGGUGGUCACACCAGAUACUGACUGGUCUUCUGAUCCAUGCCCCUACUUUUUUUAAAGGUACAGUAUCUGUGACCAACAGAUGCAUAUCUGUAUUCCCAGUAAUGUGAAAUCCAUAAAUUAGGGCCUAAUGAAUUUAUUUGAAUUGACUGAUUCCCUUAUGAACUGAAACUUUGAAAUUGUUGCAUGUUGCAUUUAUAUUUUUGUUCAGUGUUUGUUCGGUAACAAAAUAAAUAAUCUAAAAAUGGUAGAGACACGAUCCAAUUGCAUUUCUUAUUAAACUAGGUCAACUUGGCCACGUU